GAUAAUGAAUCUGGAAGUUUCUAGACAGCACCCAUGGAGAGCAGCAUGGAGCAAUCGCUUAAGUAAACGCUCUCUCAUGCCUUGUGUACUCAAACAGUACAACAUAUUUCCAUCGUUGGUCUUUUCCUUAGUGUCUAGAAAUGAUCGACCAAAAUUGGUUUAAAAUGUAAUCGUAAAUUUUUACGUGUGAGUUUUUCUGUCCAUGAAUAAUUUAGUGAAGAUUUGCAACUGUCGGCACUUUUAAGCCAAAUUCGAAAGAAAAAUGUAUACAAAUAAUUAUAUCUUCAAUGAAAUAUACCGUGGGAUGAGCGUGAAAUAUAUUGGUCAAUGUGUUAUGUGACAUAAAUUAGUCAAUACGUUAUGUGAAAUAAAUUAUUCAAUACUUUAUGUGAAAUAAAUUAGUCAAUACGUUAUGUGAAAUAAAUUAGUCAAUAUGUUAUGUGAAAUAAAUUAGUCAAUAUUUUAUGUGAAAUAAAUUAGUCAAAAGGUUAUGUGAAAUAAAUUAGUCAAUGUGUUAUGUGAAAUAAAUUAUUCAAUAUGUUAUGUGAAAUAAAUUAGUCAAUGUGUUAUGUGAAAUAAAUUAGUCAAUACGUUAUGUGAAAUAAAUUAGUCAAUAUGUUAUGUGAAAUAAAUUAGUCAUUAUGUUAUGUGAAAUAAAUUAUCCAAUAUGUUAUGUGAGAUAAAUUAGUCAAUAUAUUAUGUGAAAUAAAUUAGUCCAUAUGUUAUGUGAAAUAAAUUAGACAAUGUGUUAUGUGAAAUAAAUUUUAGCAAAUAGUGGUGCAUAAUGAAAGUACAAAGCUCUGCAUGUUUCCUUAAUGUCGGAGUGGACAAAGAAAUUGUUGGUUAGCGUUUAAAAAAACACGCACUCUUAAAAUUAACUUUGUUAAAACUUUUUUGGUGAUGCGAAGCACGUACACUGUUUUCCAGAGUUUAUUUUCAGAAUAAUAUUUAGCUAAUUUCGAAAAUUUUAAGGUGUGUUGGGGGGGGGGGUCGAACUUGGAAUGUUCAAUUUCAAUGUUUCGUGAAUUAUUGAAAAAGGUUUAAUCUACACUCUUAAGUUGCAAUAAUUGUGAUUUACAUAUUCUAGAGACUUUUUUAAAUGUUCAUGUUAAUCAUGCAUUUUUAUGUUAAUCAGAGUUGUUUAUGUUAAUAAUAAUGUGUAUAUGUUAAUCAGAAUUGUUGAUGUUAAUCAGAAUUUUUGAUGUUAAUCAGAAUUGUUGAUGUUAAUCAGAAUUGUGUUUAUUACCGUCUGUGUUAUAAGUGAUAUGAUUAAAUUAAUUAAAUGUACAAUUAUUUAAAACUUAUCCUCAUUUUUUGGAUCAAUUAAACAACAUUAUGUAUCUUAUAUUACGUUAAUGAACAUUUAUUUUGAUUAACGGAAUGUAUAUAUAUAUAUAUAUAUAUAUAUAUAUAUAUAUAUAUAUAUAUAUAUAUAUAUAUAGUCUUUUUCUGUAUGUGUGACACUAUGGUGUAUCUAUUUUUAUACUCUUUCUCGUGUUUUAUAUAUUUUGUUUGAAUAUAUAUUUUUUUAAUAAGAGUAUAUAUAUAUAUAUAUAUAUAUAUAUAUAUAUAUAUAUAUAUAUAUAUAUAUAUAUAGCAUCGUUCCGUCUACGUGAGACGAUGGCGUAGCUAUAGUUCUACACUUUGACGAGUGGCUCACUAAGCCAAUCCUAGAAUGGCAAUCACGGCCGCAUCUUUCGCAGGAGAAUAUUGAAUCCCGGUGAAUUCUUGAUUUCCGAAUUUUUUUUUUUAUUCAAGGGCCUCGUAUCGAGUAUUUUCUGCCUUUUUCACUCCUUCAAACACUGCUGUACACCAGUUGGAACGAUGUUCGGCAAUGAACUCCCAUUCGUUUGUUUCAAUAUUGGCUUCCCUCAUGCUUCGUUUGAAAACGUCAAUAACUCUCAGGCGCGGUCGUCCAAUAUCUCUUGACCCCUCUGCCAACUCUCCAUACAGCAGUAUGUUUGGGAUACAUCCUUCCUCCAUUCUCCGUACAUGACCUAACCAGCGAAGUCGUCUCUUGGUAAGAAAGGAGAAUAUGCUAAACAUGUGUGCACGUUCCAAAACCUCCACGUUAGGCACCCUGUCCUGCCAACGAAUGCGUAAAAUGCGACGCAGACUUCUUUGGUGGAAGCUGUUAAGUUUCCGCUCCUGACUGGUAUAUGUGGUCCACACUUCGCUACCAUAUAGGAGCGUGCUAAGCACGCAUGCCUGAUAGACACUUAUUUUUUGUUUUAUCAGUUAGAUUGAGAUUAUUCUAUACCCGCUUAUUCAGUUUAGCCAUAGCUGCUGCUUUUGCAAUCCUGAUAUUUAUCUCUUCAUCAACGGAGAGAGAACUAGAAAUAUUGGAUCCAAGGUAUAUGAAAUGAUCAACAACCGAAAGAUUAUGACCCUCAAUGCAUAUGAUUGGAGGGGACGGUGCUUCUUGCAUCAUUACAUGAGUUUUCUGUAGACUAAUCGAAAGUCCAAACUCUUUACAAGCAUGUUAUAGGCGAUUAACCAGCCCCUGCAGACCUUCUUCUGUGUGAGAUGUUAAGGCGGCGUCGUCAGUGAACAGCAGUUCCCGAAUCAGCACCUUUUUUACUUUGGUUUUUGCACGAAGGUGGGCGAUAAUGAACAGUCUUUCAUCAGAUCUUGUAUGGUCGUACACUCCAUUUUCACAGUCUCUGAAAGCAAAUUGAAGGAGCAUCGAAAAGAAAAUUGAAAAGAGCGUUGGUGCCAGUACACAACCCUGUUUUACUCCGCUGCUAACUGGAAAUGACUCAGAGACAGUGCCAUUGAAAGUUACUGUGCUGUGCAUGUUUUUUGUGAAAUGACUGUAUUAUUGUGAGCAGUCGUGGGGGACAACCUAUUCUUUGCAAGAUACUGAAAAGGCCUCUUCGACUUACCAAGUGCAAUGCCUUGUUCAUAUCUAUGAAUGCAAUAUAAAGAGGCAUAUGCUGUUCACGACAUUUCUCCUGCAUUUGGCGUAGCGAAAAUAUCAUGUCUAUUGUUGAGCGCCCACUCCUGAAGCCACAUUGGGAAUAUGGGUAGAUGCGGUUCGCAAGACUGGAUCUUGUUUUUUUAUUUCACCAAGGAAUCUGCAAUGUAAAAAGUAACUAAAUUUUGUUAUAUUGAUAAGAAGAAGAAAAAUAAUUUUGUUUUCAUGUAAAAAAGAAAAGGUUAACAUAUUUUAAUGUGUGAAGAAUUAUUAUUUGAUAACAUUUUAAAGAAAAUUUUAGCUGUUGAUAAAGUCUCAAACCUUCUGUUUCGUUUCUUAAUCGCUGUCACAGAUUAUUUGAGAUUGACAUUGUUUAUUAGGGGCAUAGACACAGAUCUAAAAGUUAUUUUAUCAAAACGUUUAUGAGUUUGAUAAAGUAUUCUUUUUAUGUUGAAGUCUUAAAAAGCAUUCAUCAGAGUUGAAACAUGACAGACUCUAAAAAGAAGAUACAGAUAUAAGACAGUUUUAAAUUGUAUUCUGAGGAGACAUGUCUGUUGCAAAAAAAAAAAAAAAAUCUAAAAAGAAUAGUUUGAAAAUAUAGGUAUUUUUGUAACGUGACCUCGAUAUUAUAUGUACAAACAGGAUACACAUAAAAAUGGCGUCCUUAUUAAGAGUUUCGACACAGACUUCGGCUAAAAAAUGUCACCAGUCAAAUUGGGAUCUUGCCCCACUCCAGGUGGCCUUAGACUUAUCUACGCCAAUGCCUUGGGGCAUACCCAAUAUCCCUUUAUACCUUUGCUACUUCGGCCUCUUUUACCAUAUCAUCAUCCAUAGGGAACUUAAAGUCAUUUUAUCUUAAAGUGACUUAAGGUUAAGAUUGCAAGUUAGCUUAGUCACAUAUUUUUUAAAGAAAGUUUUCUUUCCCAUGAAAGUUAUGGUAUCAUGUCAGUGACAGAUAAGUGCUAUCCAUUGUGUGUGUAUCGUUAUUUUAAAGCAAAGGGUAAAAAAAAGAAUUGUUUUGUCUUCUUUCAUUGAGUUUUGUUUCUUUUUUUUUUUUUUUUUUUUUUUGUUGUUGAUUUUACUCUGUUUGCGAGGAGAAGUGUUGUACACCCUAGAGCCUAGACCAGACAACAUCAGUUUGAAGUUAAUUAACUAUCUUAAAGAGAUGGUCUUUUUUUUUUUUUUUUUUUUUUUUGUUUUUUUUUUUUUUUUUUUUUUUUUUUUUUUGUUGUUGUUGUUGAGUUUACUCUGUAUGCGAGGAGAAGUGUUGUACACCCUAGAGCCUAGACCAGACAACAUCAGGUUGAAGUUAAUUAACUAUCUUAAAGAGAUGGUCUAGCAUGUAAUCUGUUUUCUCAGGAAUACGUUGGUUACCAACACUGAUAAAUAGAAUGCGUGGCCCAUUUAUUGUCACCGGUUGUUAUAACAGGUCGAUAAAUCAGUAAUCGAUACCCAACAAUUUCCUUUUUUUUAUAGAUUCAACCUCUGUUCUCUUUAUAAAAGGAAGUUAAAAUUGCUGCGUUAUAAUCUGAGGGUGUCGGUAAUGCCAAAAACAUUUGAAUCACCUAACUUUUGGCUGAUUGACUGCUGGCAAUAAGUAUUGCUUCUAUAUGGACACAUAUUUAGGUGAGUAGAAUAGACACAUGAUUGUCUGAGAAGAAUGGACACACGAUUGGUUGAGAAGAAUGGACACACGAUUGGGUGAGUAGAAUGGACACUUGAUUGGGUGAGUAGAAUUGACACAUGAUUGGGUGAGUAGAAUAGAGACAUUAUUGGGUGAGUAGAAUGGACACAAGAUUGGGUGAGUACAAUGGACACAUUGUUACUUAUAUAUCCACUGCUUAUUGAUGAUUUAUAAUUUAAUUUGUUUGAUAUUAUUUAAAAUUGUAUUUCUUUCAUCUAACGACCUUGCUAACAGUUUGAAAACAAAUAAGCUUGAAAAAAAACAACGUAAUUUAAUUAAAAUAUAUUAAAAGGAACAUAAAAUCAGUUUGUAACUAAUGAUAUUGAAAAUAAAACUGAGAUUGGUAUUUUUAAAAAUAAAUUUAUGAUUUUUUAAUUAUUUUUUUUUUUUGCAGACGAAUUCGGAAACAAUUUCACAGAAGAAAUAUCACUGAUCAACUUCAAUGAACUAAACUUCCAGACGGUAUGGGUUAUAAAGGUUGUCAUCUUAUCGUCUCGCUACUCAGCUUGUGCGUGUUCUGGAUUAACUCCACCGGCGGCCAAACGUCCAAUGAGACGCAAUGUGUGCUGUCAGUACCAAACAACUUUACACUGUUUGAAAGGCUCUCUAAGUAUUUUCACAAAGAGAGCGGUGCUAUAAUUGUGGAGUACAACAUCACAUUCAAUAAAGUAAGCAGCAAGUUUAACCUCUUGAAUCAGGCGAGUCAAGAUUCCUUCCAACCUUGGAAGUAAGUAAACAUUUGGUUGUCCUCGUCAUCUUUUACAAAAUACUAAAUUUUGUGAUAAGAAUUCUCCAAACUAACAAAUGUCAACAUUUAUUUUGAAUCAACAAUUAACAUAAUAAUAAUAAAAAUAAUAAUUGUCCAAAAUUGAAUGUGUACAUUGGAGUCAACUAAAACGCUAUUCUUAAAUCUGGACUAUUUUUGCUACUCUUUGUAGGUAACUAUAAUUAUUUUUAAAAAAUUACUACCAGUACUUGAUUUUAAAGUAGGUUUGAAAUCGAUAAUUAAUUAAUUUAUUUUGAUAAACGCAAAAAUAAUGUGACUUCCAAUGCAGCAUUUAUUACUAAUUUAUCACUGUCAUGUAUACAAGAUGCACCAGUGAUAUUCGGAGGUUAAGCGACGCCACUCCAAUCAUAAAAUUAACUGAUUAUACCAUCAUCGUUGGCUUAAUAUCUGAAGGACAAGACUUAUUCCGCAAUUUAGUUACAGACUUUAUCAAUCGGUGCGAUGAAAAUUGUGUUCAGCUGAAUGUCUCAAAAACAAAGGAAAUGGUUGUCGAUUUCAGGAGUUGGAAAAAACCAAAUUGCAGAUCUCAACAUAAAAAAUAACCUGUAUUAAAAAAUAUAUUCUUUUUUUAACGGCAUUCAUUGGGUGUAAGCGCUUAGGAAUAAUUUUCGGGCGCACCUACAUAAAGGGGUGUAGCUUAAAUUCUGGGGAUAUUUUUAGGGUUUCAUGGUAGAGUUGUAAUAUGAGGAGGAAGACUGUGGUUAGCGACACGAGAUUAGAGGGUGUAGUUAAAACAAAUACACUUGAGACUACAUCGUAAUAACACAUGAAUGCACAGCUCUCCUGAAAUAGAACUUAAGUUUAUUAAAUAAGACGAAUAUUGAUAAGAUAUAUGUAAUAAAGUUUAUGACUAUAAAAAAGGCUAUGUAAGGCUUAUGGGCAAAUGAAAUGCUAUCCGCAUGACGAGAAAGGGAUGGAGGGAGAAUAACUAAGAUAGUGAUUAUUGAGUGACGGCGUAGUGGGAUUUAGGGGAGGGUUUUAAGGUCGAAAAAAGGGAAAGAGGGGUGUGGUGUUUGUUAAAAACACGCUGAGCAAAAUUAAAUUAAAAAAAAAUAUAUAUGUAUAUAAGAGUAGGCAACCAUUACUAUUCAUCCUACAAAAAGCUACUGGGAGGCUAAAACAUCUCGAAGGGAACAAAGAAAACAAUAUAACACACUAUAAUUAGACAAUUAUUAUUUAGAUAAUUGGUCCCUUACCAGAAAAGCUGAGAACCUGCUCAAUACAUGGGAUAGAAAAAUGCUAAGAAAAAUAAAUGGCGCAGUGGUAGACACUUAUGUUUGGAGAAUCCGUACAAACCAAGAGCUAUACCAAUGUUGUACAAACACCCACCCAUUGUCGAAAAAAUGAAAUAAGGCAGAUUGCGUUAGGUAGGACAUAUUGAAAGGAUGGCGCACUGUAGAGCGACAAAAGAGAUUUAUAGUCAGAAGCCUAGGGGCAGACGGCUCACCAGUUAACCAAGACUAAGAUGGAUCGACGAUGUAGAGAAGGCCUGACACCAAGUAGUGGCUCGCGCAUCGAGGCGGAAAUGGAUGGAUGUGGUGGAGCAGGCCUGGGCCCUUCAUUGUGUAGCACCACGGAUGAUGAUGUAUAUAUAUACGUAUUUAACCGAAUUUAUAGGUCAAAUAGAUUAUUAAUUUACAAAUUUUGCCAUUUUUCUCAAGAGAGAUAGUCCAUAUCAAUUUAUUUUAAAUGGAUGUUUCCCUUUACUCUUAAGUAAAAUAUUUUAUUUAAAAACAUUUUUUCUAGUAAAAAAUAUCUUCAGAAAAUGUGUUAAAUAAUAGCCCUCAAUAUCUAUUACUGUGCAAUAAUGAUUUCUUUCCAUUAAAUCUACAGAUGGUACCGAACACACGGACCUCAUUCAUCAUGUUUGUUACGGAGCUAUGAGAACUAUUUCGGUACCUUGUACAGUUUUUUGCAUCGAGGUGUCAUGGAAGAAUCCAUUCAACUCGACGUGAGCCCACCCGAUUGCCUGGAUCAAUUGAGAAAUGGAUCAUUGGAGCAUGCCAUAAGAAGCUUCCUACUUAGCGGUAAUGAAAAAAUGUGAUCUGUGUAUAACAAUAAAUAUAAUUAUUUUAAACGAUAUCGAUCUAUUUCGCAUUAAGUUUAGACUUUGAUUUACUCACGUAACUUUUCCUCCAUAAAAAUAAUUAUAUAUUUAAAGGAUUUUUUAAAGCUUAAAUUUCAGCUAGGUAUCGUAAUUCUCGGAGAAGCCAUGACACAAUAGAAGAUUUCGGGUUGGACAUAGAAUUAUCUGUAUCUUGGCUGGGUAAUUCAGAUUGCAAAUACGAUUUUAAUGCGUUAAGUUUUUUUUACAAUAAAGAUCCUAAUUUUGUAGGCUGGAUAAAGAUUCGAAUCCGAACACUGCCCUGUCAGGCGCAGACACUCAGCAGUGCCAACAAACGAGAUUUAAAAGCUGUUCGGCUGUUUUACCGUCCCAUUCCCCACUUACCAGCGGACAGGAAGACAGCUACAAAGAAAAAUAGUAUAGUCAUAAUUCCUAACUUUAUGCGUUGCCUUAUUGUAGGGCGGGGUGAAGUUUUACAGGAAAGAUGAAACUAUUUGUGUUUGGAAAAAUACUUCCAUGCAACUGGAAAAUACAAUCUUAAACAAGAAAAUCGGGUAUCUAUUAUUGACUCAGAUUUAUUGUCAGUGUUGCCCAAGACUAAGUCAUGUUAGCUAAACGAUCCUUAAAGAACGCGACCAAGACAUUGUUUAUGUAUCCACUUACAAGUAGGCAAUGGGAAAUUCAUGAGGGGCGCCCACAGGGGUGAAUCAAUCAGCAGCACAUGAUCGUAACCUUCUGGUAGUACAAAAUGUUGCUUGGUUAGGAAUUUUACACAUUUUCACAGGCACAAAGUUCAAAUUUCAGUGCUUAAAAAAUGGGCCACCAUCAAUGGAGUUCAUGUAUCUAAUUAGACAGGCUUAGAUACAUUGGCGGCAUUCAGAUUUAAGUAUAUAGAAAAUUCAACGCAGUUGAGCUCGGGGCAGUCUAAGAACUUAAAGUGUGACAAAGUAUAUUCGAGUAAGGUAGACCGAAUCAGUCCGCUCAAAACAGUCGGAAAGAUUCUACAGGAAAAAGUUUUGGCUCUCCAAAAAAAAAAAAAAAAAAAAAAAAAAAAAAAAAAAACGAACAAAAAGCAAAAAAAAAAAAAAAAAAAAAAAAAAAACAAAAAAAAAUAAAACAGGCGGAAAAAUUCAAAAGGAAAAAGUUUUGGCCCUCCAAAAAAAAAAAAAAAAAAAAAAAAACUAGACAAAAACAGACCAAACGUUACCAACCUAGUACGUGAGAGUUGAAAACUAAACAGAUAAGCCAGGCAUCAGUGAAUAUGCAACAGAUAGUGGGUUUAGUGUUUGUUUUACGCCUAUGUUUGUAAAAUGACGGGAGGUAAGACAACGCAGAGUACUAGGAAACUUUAUGACAAAGUACAAAUAUUGAACAAAACUCAAACACCGAGAUCAGGUCUGGCGAUACAGAAACAGAUGAGAGCCGGACAUUGCUCUGACAUAUAUUAAUAAGGACCUUACCUACCAACACGCUUUCAAAGUUUUUUGAAAAGAUAUGCCACCUAUGACAUUCUUAACCACCCUGUCAUGGAGUGUGUUUCGGUGAGACCCACGUUGUUAAAAUGAUUUACAGCAGUGCCGAUAUAAUGAAGAAAACUACUGACUCUUAACAAGUGCCAUUUAAAUAUUACCGCAAUAUUACGAACAUUUCCAUUAAAAACAUGCUUGUCGAGUACUCGAGUUCGUUAGUAAUUGUUGCGAUUAGCUAUUAUGUUUGAUUACACGUUGUGUUUUUUUAGAGAUCAAUUAGUUAGUGAAAGCUGUCCCCACGCUUGUCUUAUUGACGUAUUUUUAUACUAAUGAUGACCUAUUGUUUGACGUAUGUUUUAUUUCUGUCUGAUAGCGAGCCCUAUUAUGCAAUGUAUAUGGAAUUAACAGUCUGUGAAUUUACAUAAGAUGUUAAAGUUGUAUUUAUUAUGAAAAAUGACUUGAGUCGAUUCAUUUCUCGUAAGACGUAUUAUAACGUGUGAAAUAAUUCGAUAAAUUAACCAUUCUAGUGUAAACAGGCAUUUGACAACGAUUUUAGUCUAUUUGCUGUGAACUUUGUUUUUCGACACAAUUAAAAUUGGAAUAAAACAACAGCACCCAAAAAUGAAAUAUGCCUGAACAAUUACACCAUUACAUAAAAUAUAUAGAAAAAACGCAUAAAAAGGGUAUUGUCAUGUGUCGAACCGUUGAAUCUGUUGUGUUGUAAUUAUCCACUCAUGGCACUCUCACUUGAUCCCACGAACAAUAGAGCUAAUAUCAACAGUUAAUAAUACAACUAACGUUAACAGGCUUGUAGCUAGAUAGGAGUUUACUUAACACUACUCCAUUAACUAUGGUUGAUGUAUAAUUUCAGAAUGGAUAAUCAAAUCACUCCAACCAAAACGCUACUCAAUAUAGAAAUCCAAACAGUUCAUCCAGUAUAUCCGCCAUCAAUCUUCCAUCACAACAUCGACCAAAACUAACGCGUCAUUUCCCCCUUACACAAUUACGUCACAACACUCUCACAUCCACGAUACGGCUACACAUAAAAUCUCUAACUAAACAUCUUUUCCCUAUCAAACAUGAAAACAAUGAUCUACUCAUAACAACAGUGAUUCUCAUACCCUUGACAUCAUGGCGUAAUCGAUUUUACUGACCCGAAAUUUGAUCAACCACUGUCCAAAUAGCUAUUUAAGUAUUUCUACAAUACCUAAUCCUUUUUCAAAUUAUAAUCUAUUUACUUUUUCAAAAAAAUGUAUACAUUUUGCAGAUGUUAAAAAUAAAAUAAAUUUUUAGAAAUACAUCAAAACCAAGCUCAAGGUGAAUAAUCCAUUUUAACGCAUUUGCUAUUUUCAGAUUUUGAUAUUCACAGAGAUUCGUGGAGACGCAGAUUUAUCAACGCGGAAGAUAUUAGGAUCUGCUCGGCUGGAAUCAAAAGCUUCGACAACGGGUUUGGCAAACUCCAUUUUAAGUAAGUUGAUCUCGGCUUGACUGGCUAAAGAUGCUAUAGUUUUCAAAUAAUUUUUUUUUUUUUUUUAAUGUCAAAGGGAAAUAUUGAAGAAUUUUUUUCCAGUAUUACCAAUAAUAUUUUUAAAAAAAUAAUAAUAAUUUAAACAAAAGAAAAAGAAAAACAACCAACAAAACAGACACAUUACUUUUUCGUUCAGAUUUUUCAAUCAAAUGUAUUUUUACAGUUGCUGUGACAUAAACUACGAAAAAUCUAUCUGCUGCCAUGAAGUUAUCACUGACAUUUUGGUUAUAGUCAGUAACAUCUUAAUCCUCAUAUUGACGUGCGUUCUAGUAAUUCUCUUUCCUUUACUAAUCGGAGGGAUCUACAGCCUUUACGGGUAUGAACAUUUUACACAUAUUGAAGCUGUUUGAUAAUGUUAUACACGUUAGAAUAAAACAAUUUCAUGUGUAAAAUAAGCGGGAAAAUCAAGUGCACAAUAUCUGCAUUAAAUUGAAUUUUUUAAACUGCCUCUGAAGUUGAAUUGUUUAAAUAUAUAUAUAUAUAUACCUUUUUACUGAAAUCGUAAUAAUCUGUAACACGAUUGAGCCAUCGUCCCUUGAAAUGUAGAAUCGUAUGUAAUACGACUGAGCCAUCAGCGAUGCAUUCGUCUCUUAAAAGAAUAUACACAUGGCAUGCAUACUAUUUAGUUGUAUGACUCCAAGCUUUUUAUGUGUAGCGUUAAAUUUCGAACUGUUCACUUAUGACACGAUCAGAUGAAAUAUUCGUAACACUUGAGCAAAUCAAUUAAAUUUCUUGUGUGUCGAAGAACACGAUGCCGUAGAUACCAAAGACUUCAAGGAAAAAAACAACGUUCGCUUCAUAAUACACGAAAUAUGAGAGAAUAGCAAUUACUUUGCUUCAAUGAAUUGAUGGUUGCUGCAAAAAAAAUAAAAAAAAAAAUAAAAAAUUCAGAAUUCAUUCGUACAAGAGAAUAUUCAAAAUUUCCAAGGAUUCUGUAUUCAUCGGUGUCACUGUCAACUUCAGUUUGAAGAUAGAAACUGAGUUUAACAACCGUCAUAAUGUUAAAUACAAUUCUCAUUAUACUGAUUUUAAAAAUUGAAAUGUGCAACCUUCAAAGAUCUGUUUGUUCCUAUAAAAUCAUAACGACUGGAGACGUGCAGAACGUGUGGUACAAUGAAAGCAACAAGUUUAUAAAUAUUGGAUAUGUAUGUGGCACAUAUUUAAUAAGGACACAAAUAACAUAAAAAAUGCUUCAGCGAUCUUCCUGUAACAUGCGAAUUCCACUGAAUAUAUCGAAUCAGAUGAAAUACUUUUUGAGAGAGGGGCCACACAAAUAGGGUAUCUUUUGUCCUGAUUUUCAGCUAAAAAUUACAAGAUUUCAGCUGAGUGAACUAAAAAAAAAAAGCAGGCUAUGCGAGAAAUCCCUAUUUAUGCCAAGGCAGACUGGGAAAGCCUGAGAAGUGUAACGACAGAGCUGAGCUAAACAUGCAUGAGAUUCAGGGUAAUGCGACAACAGAAGAGCUGUAUAUAAAGUUUAAAACAACAAACACUGGUGCAGUUAAGAAAUACAUAACACACAAGACCACUAAACCUAAGACAAAUCAGCCAUAAGACACGGCUGAAAAUCCGUAGGGUUAUACACAGGAGAGACCGCCAGUUCCAACGAAUGAAGACGAAUGGCUCGGUCGAACUCAAAGCCGAAUUUCUGAGACUGCGAAAAAACAUCCAGCGCUUACUGCGCAGAUCUUACUGGAACUACCUGAACGGCAUCUUCACAGAGGAAGAUACUCCGGCCAAGGAUGUGAAGAACAAGCGGUUAUGGAGCUACGUCAAGCACCAAAUGUCAUCAAAAACUAUGGCUUCCCCCCUGGGAUGGGACGGCAGUUAGACGUCUGAACCAAGAGAACAGAUGGACAAACUCAAUCAGCAGGCUUGUGGUCCUGACAACAUCACACCACGAGUCCCCCAUCUACAAAAAAAAGGGGAUCCUUACGACCCUGCCAAUUACCGCCCUUUAUCCCUCAUCAGCGUAGUUUGCAAACUAUUGGAGCACAUAAUCGUACGCGCGGUCAUGAAUCACCUCGAAAGACACAAUAUACUCAAUGACUGUCAGCAUGUCUUUCGAGUCAACAGAUCAUGGGAGACCCAACUGCUUGAAUUUGCUGAAGAAUUGACGACCGAUUCGGAGAACAGCAAGCAAACUGAUAUGCUUGUGCUGGACAUUUCAAAGACGUUUCACCGUGUUAAUCAUAGUUUGCUUUUACACAAACUUCAGAGAUAUGAGAUCCAAGGCACUCAUAAAACAUGGAUCUCUAGCUUCCUCAGCGACCGAUGCCAGGCAGAAGUGGUAGAUGGUAAGACCUCUUCCUUUGUCGGUGUCAAGUCAGGGGUCCACCAAGUCUCGGAGCUAGGCCCCUGUUUGUUCCUAGCGUAUUUAAAUGACCUGCACAAGAAGUUGACAUCUCAAGCAAGACUGUUCGCAGAUGACACGGUGGUGUAUAGUUCGAUCGCUACCAGGACCAUCUACAACAUGACCUCCAUCGGUUAGCAGAAUGUGAGAUAAGUUGGGACAUGGAAUUUGAUCCCAUCAAGUGCCAGACCCUGUCAGUCUCCAGAAGCAGAUCCCCUCUACGCAACCCUUACGAAUUGCAUGGCCAUAUUCUUGAGCCAGUUUCCUCCGAUAGGUAACUAGGUGUUACCAUUCAAAGAAAGAUUUGUUGGGACGAGGACAUUGACAAUGUGUGCAAUGGGGCAAACAAGACCCUGGGGUUGCUAAGGCGAAAUCUGAAAGAUCGGCAACACAAGCGCGAAAGAAAAAGCCUAUAAAGCCUUUGUCCGGCCACUUUUAGAGUACGCAUCUUCAGUCUGGGACCCAUUUACCCAUAAGAACAUUGGGAGUAUGACGGCAGUUCAGCGACGGGUUGCACACUUUGUUCUGAACCACUACAAAAACACCUCAAGUGUUGGCAGCAUAAUGGAACCAGUGGGCUGGUCACCAUUGGAAGAACGACCAAGACAAUCCAGGCUGGCUCUCCGUGUUGUACAAAAUCAAAAAUGGGCUGGUCCACUGCUCCAGCAUUAAACAGAAACUCGUCCCUCUCCCCCUUAGACAGCGAAAAGGCAGUUCCGACUAAUAAAAACAAGAACUCAGUACAGGAGCUCCUAAUUCCUGACAAAGCAUAUAAUGGACUUGAGCCAGCUUCCAAAAGCACCAGUUGAGGCAACUACACUCGACACAUUGUGUCUCUUAUCUUCUGUCUUCCAACCCCCAGUUCAUAAUACCACUGCUGAGUAGCACAUGCAACAAGUGAAGUACCCCCAUCAAAACCCAUCGCGAACCCCUCUGAAACAUAGGCGUCGGAAUGAUCAAUCCAUUGAUCGUUGGCCCUCAAAAUAUAGAAAAGAAGAAGUCUCGAAUCCCUUAUUAGAUAGUAUGUGUUCAUGUAACGUUAAAGAGUAGGAAAAGAAAUGUUUCCAUAAUGUUUACAGUUUGUAUCCAAGACGAUAUAAACAUUCGUCUUAAGGUUGUGUUUGCUUCGAGGAGACGGGACACCCAUUGUGAUGUUUGAAUGUUCAAUGGAAUGUAAUAAAGAAGGGCACUGAAUUUGAAGAUCAUUAAAUCGUCUCAGAUUUUUUGCCGAUUCCUAAAUACGUUUUUUGUACUCUAGUUACUUUUGCCGAAUAUCAAACGCGAUAUAACUAUGGAUCCAGCAGUAAGCAGAUUGAGAUAUUGGUCGCAUAACAACCCAUGUAAAUGAGUCGGCUGAACAGUGAGCAAUGUUCCCUCUAAGGUUUGCUGGUUCGUGUGCAAAAUCAUGCAGAUGUGUGCAAAGUUUUACAUCAAUAAUUUUUUUGUGUGCAAAAUUUUACAGCCCACAAACACACACUUACAUGGAAAUUUCCUGCGCGGAUACUCAAAAAUGCUGCGCGGCGUCUGUGAGAUAGCAGCGCGGCCGCGCAGCUUAAAGGGAACAUUGGCCCCGAGCAAUAAUCACAAGUUAAAGUCAGCAUUACAGAAACGCCACUGACUGGAGGAAAUCUGUCGGGACGCGAUUGUACCUUCUCUCGAAAGAGAAUUUGGAAAGACUUAUUUGAGGAGGAAAUACAAAGAUUUUAUAAAGUUAAAGUAAUGAUGAUUUUAUAUAUAAUUUACAUACAAUUAUAUCGAAUUGUGGCGAACAAGGCAUCACAGGGCACAUAAAGUUCUAAAUAUAGGAAAAUGAGCUAUGGACAGUGUAGUCUUGAUAAUAUAUAAUUCUUAAAUUAUAGUAGGAAAAUACCAGGAAAAAUAGGACGACGAAUGUUUGUAGAACGAUUUUCAAAACUGAUUAAUAAGACACGAACAAAUUGUGUCAAUAGAACAAUAUGAGUUAGCUUUAAUAAUAAUUAUACAUUAUACAAAAUUAAACGUUUCGGCACAUGCCUUCAUCAGUACAAACAAACAAAACAAAACUGCUUGUGAUCCAAAUUAACCCUGCAUCUUUUAAGAUACUCCUUGGAUUAGAAAUGCAUUUGAAACUGUCAUUUUUUAAUAUGAACGACAGAGUUAAUGCUGUUGGAAAGGUGCGAGAAUUGCAACUUAAUAUCAGAAAUGCUGGUGUAAAUAAAAUGUUGAUUGUAAAACUUUACCGUGUUUGGUAUCGUCUAUUUAGUACACAGGAUUUCCGAUCCUUGUGACGUUCAUCUACGAAACAAAUCCUAAAACAGACUAAUGUGAUAACAUAUUAUUAUAACGGCUCUUAAGAAGAAUCCAAUGAUGACCUAGGAAAAUAUCUCUACGGCGACCGACUUCGAGUGUGCUACAAACCCGCCCCACGCACUAAACAGAGAGCGAUCUGUCGUCGGUGGUCUAGCAAAGCGUUUCGCAAACUUUUAAGUUUCACGGACCGAUGGACAAGUUUCUAAACUGCACCAGGGACCGGUGCCAGAUUUAUGAAUUACAUUUUCUUUCUAUUUCAACAUCAAUAUUCAUGCUCUCUGGACCGGUGACGUAAGGCUUGCGGACCGGUGCCUGUCCACGGACCACCGAUUGGGGAACGCUGGUCUAGCACUUCUAGAGCCGUACGGCUUACGAAGGCCUGGACCCGGAGGCAGUAAUCAACGGUACCUCUUACGUCUACGAAAUUUAGAGACUUAAGAGAUUUUCGUUGGAACUUCAGCUGGUCCGUGAAGGCUAUUUAACCUGGUUUAUUUUACAUGUGGCUCUAGCGUUUAAAUCGCUUCAAUGGAUGUACAAGAGGGACCUACUUUUCCAACUUGACACCGAAGCAAUUGGGAGUUUUUAUCCUAUUCCAACUAUUCCCGCGCGUGUUGCGUUUAGUCAUUCAUUUUUAGAAAUGUUGUCAAAAUGUUUUUCUUUAAGUUUAAUUUUGCCAUAACAGCUAUGACUUUUUGUACCUAUAGUAGCAGUAUAACUUUGCAUAAUUUCAAAUCUCUUGUUAUUUUUGUUGUUGUUAUUAUUAUAAUUGUAUCCCUUUACUUUCUCUUCCGGAAACAAUAACAAGAGAUGAGAUAUACUAUCACAAAAUACCUAAGGAGUCAGACAUUCACUUUGAUAUUGUUAAAACAACCCAACCAGAUAACUAGUAAGCAAACAUUUUUUAUAAGUUAUUUUAAAGAUAUAAAUCACAAUAAUUUACCUGACUUAUUUUAUCUCAUUAAAUUUUUGAAAAUAUUAUUAUUAAAAGUUAGUAAGAAUGUUAAUAACAAAAAAUGUAAUUAAAAUUAUAACCUAAAUUUUAAAAAAAAUAAUCGAAAUAUUUUGUCUUGUUGUUACAAAUUAAGUUGUUACAUUUAUAUUUUGUUUCAACAGUAAAGAUCAUCCAAAUAAAAUUAUUUUGGAAAAAACGAAAUGGGAAAACAUGGAAUGUUUGAAAUCGAAAAUGAAAAAUUUGGAAAGAGAUCAAAUUAAAACUGCACGUGUAACGGCCGUCAGCUGCAUCGUUGCUCGUCAUAAACUCUUCAACAAAUACGAGAAAACACACAGCAUAAAAAGAUUAUUGAACUGGAUUUUUAAAUGCAAGGUAACAUUCAGCAGAAGAAAAAAAAUAUGUUUAGAUUUUUAUGUAAAAAUUACAAUCACUGAGUCAUCCGACCGUAUCAUAUAUGCCAUCAACGGAAUCGUUUUUUAAAAAAGAUUUUGACUAUUAUAUGUCGAAAUGAUUUCUGCAACAAACUGUGCAUGUGAAUUUCAGUCAGGGAAAUUUCCGAAAAAAUUAUUUUCGUGAUUAUGUAGCGAGGUCCUGUCUUUCCGGUGUUACCAAUCAUAUUUAAAAAAAAAAAUAUUUUUAAAAAUUAAAUCCUGCGCCUAUUCGGUACACGUGUACCAGAAGUGAGAGUUUGGGAUUAAAAAACUACAACUAUUUAAAAUAUUAUUGUUGGGUUUGUAAGACAAAAUGAGGUAUCAAAUGAAAGAUAAUUAAAUGGACUAAAAGUCAUUACACUUACUUCUUCAGUUUAACUAUAAUAAACUACCACAAAUGACACCCGAAUAGCAUUGGUGAAAUCGGAUCCGGGUGCCAAUGGCGGCGCUGCGUGUACGGAGUCAUUUUGACUAAAUGCUAUUCCAGGCAAUACUAAGGCCAAACUUUAAUUUUAAUCCGGCUCUCAAGGGGGUGGUACUUCACGGAAGACCAGUUCCAAUAAUCUAACCAUCGAUCUACAGAUGUUUUAUAAAAAAAAAACUGAAAGAAACAACUUGAAUUAAAGUUUGCUUCUCAGCGAAGAUGCAUAUUCGAACCAAAAAAUUGUGUUUGGGUGUUCUAUCUACAAAGGUGGCCGGACAAAGUUAAUACUCUAUGUUUGGGGAGGAACAUUUUUCAUGCACGUCUACCAGGCUACAACUAAAAAUCUUUCGGUAUUAUCAUUUUCAAAAGAAGCCCAGUGAGGAUGUCAGCAAAUUAAUCUUAUCAUCACAUCAAUCCAAGCUGCAAUGAUUAUAAACUUGCAUCUUCACUUUUAUUUCCUAAGAUUAUUGUGACCAAUUCUUUUUUAAUCAAAAAAAAGAAAUAUAUUUUGACUAGAUAGAGCCCGCCAAAUAUUGGUGGCGUGAGCUUCCCAUCUAGUAAAGUUACUUGACAAAACAUGAACUCAAGUAACGCACAUUUAAGAAUCCAGAUAAUUGCUACACCCCUUCCCCCAUGAUACGUCACAGCACACAUUUUUAUUUUACGCUUAUGAACUGUAUUAGUAGUCUCAUGUCACAACGACUUUUAAACCAAACAUUUUUAAACAAUAUUUAAAUUGAGAAGAUUUCAUUUCCGAAGAGAAAACAUUAUGCAAUUGCGUUAUUAAAAAUAGAUAUUUAUCAUUUAGCGUAGUUAUCGGGAUUUAUAUUUUGCGCCUCCUGAACUUAUUAUUUAACCACACUCUGGCGUAUCUAUAAAUAGCCUGCGUGGUGGUGUUUGACCUUGGCUGGCAAAAUAUAUAUAGAUUCUUGAUUACUGUCACGACAACAUUCAGACAUUGAUAUGAAUAGCAAAGAUCAUAUACUUUUUUUCACACGAAAAUCUUUUCAAUAUGUUGAGUUUGUUGAAAUAAUUAUUCACAAUUCUAUUGCUUUUUUUUUCUCUCUUUCCUGGUCUUCCAAAAAAAAAAUCACAUGUUGCUUUCAAGUUCUUGAUCUCAAACGUAAAAAAAGUAAGCAUUAUUAUUAUUUGGUGAGGAUUUGUAAAAGAAUAACCAGGUUAAUGUAACCUAAAUUUCCCGGUUACCUGAAAUUUGUAGAAAGAAAUUUCGUUGACGUAAAAUUGAUCGACAGUAAUUUAAUCGAACGGAAAUUUGAUCGAAUCUUUUUUCAGUUCACACGUUAAAAUUUCUGUCAAAUUUCUUUUCGAAAGCACUAUAUUAGAUAGUAUGAGCUAGGGUAACAUAAGGACAUAAGGGAGGUAUGAUUUAAGUACUUUCGGAUUCCUAAAAACAAUCAUAGUUAUUGUCUAUUAUUUUACGUAAAUCGAAUAAAUUUAAAUGCGCAAAAAAUAUUUUAAAUCCGCUUUUAUUUUAGUAAACAUUUAAGUAUUAUUAUUAUAAAUUACAAAUAAGGAUAUUUUUUAAAGCUUUUAUAUGUGUUUAAAAGUUAUACAAUUAUUUUAAAAAUUUAAAAAAUCGUGAUUAAAGAAUUACACCGUAGUAACAUUUAUCGGGAAAAACCAAACAUCAGUCGUUCUAAGUGCGUCUUUUAGUGCGUUGUUAAUAUUAAUUUUAAAUUAAUUUAUUCUAAAUAAUGACGCAAAUGAUGUCAUAGUGUGAAUAGCCUAUUGCUCCAAAACUCUUAGGUUUCUUUAAAUUUUAUAACCAUGCGUGACGAAAUUUGAAAAUGUAUUUUCCAUUCUUAAAAGUAAAAUUAAUAAAGACAAUUGCUUUUUGAAUUGUUAAUAAAACACACACACAUUUCAGCUGUGUAUAUUUUAAAAUCUAAAAAGUUUAGCCUUUUUUUUAAUUCCAAAAAAUACACCUUUAUUAAAUUAUAACGUAAUAAAAAAAAUGACUUUUAAAUAUAAUUCUAAGAAAAAAAUGCGGUUUAAGUCAAACAGUGCAGCGCAACUUCAUAGCCAAAAAGCAUUGACUAAUCCACUUUUAACUAAAACAAAAAAGAACGAACCAUAUGAAGUUUGGGUAUGGAAGGAACUAUAAUCAGGUGGAAGAUUUGUCUAAAUUUAUUUAUAUCUGGGUGGGGGAGGGGUUGGUUAAUUUGCCCAAGCAACACAAGAUACGUCUCAAAAUAAAGGAAUGAUUUUGCUAAAUAAUUAUUUUUCUUUGGUAAAUACAUGUCGGUGAUAGGAAAUAAGUUGUGUACAUUUUUAUAUGGAUGCCAAUAUAGUACACUCUUAUCGUAUUACAUUGGUGAAAAAGAGAUGUUACAUUUUCUUUUUACAAAUAGUGAUAUGUCCAUUUUGCCAAAGGCAGCACUAGAUACGUCUCAAAAUAAAGGAAUGAAAUGUAUAAAUAAUUAAUUUUCUUGGAUAAAUGCAUGUCGGAGGUAGGAAAAAGUAUAUGUACAUUUUCACGUGGAUAACAAUAUAUUUAAAUCCUACGGUAAAAAGAGGUGUUACAUUCUCUUUUUACAAAUAUGUGUAUGUCCAUUUUGAACAAGGCAGCACAAGUUACGUCUCAAAAUAAAGGAAUGAUUUUGAUAAAUAAUUAGUUUUCUUGGGUAAAUACAUGUCGGAGGUAGGUAAUAGGAUGUGCACCUUUUCAUGUGGAUGAAAAUAUAUUUAAAAAUUAUGGUAUUACAUUUGAGAAAAAAAUUAUGUUAUAUUCUCUUUUUACUCAUGUAUAUGUUCAUUUUGCUUAAGGCAGGACAAAAAACGUCUCAAAAUAAAGGAAUAAUUUGGAUAAAUACUUAAUUUUCUUGGGUAAAUGCAUGUCUGAGGUAAUAAAUAAGAUAUGUACAUUUUUACGUGGAUGACAAAAUAGUUAACACCAAUCGUAUGACAUUGGUCAAAAAGAGAUGUUAUAUUCUAUUUUUAUUAAUUAUACAUCUGUUUACCAUUUAAGAAAAUCAAUGGCGUUAACAAAUCUUGGGUACAUUUAUAUAAGUAUAACCAUGAAUAUCAAAACCCAAUCAUCUUACACACUUGAAAAAUUAAUUUUGAAAAAUAGAGGUUAAUUAUUUACUUUCAAAAAAUUGAAAUAUAUUUUUGUUUUUUACUUUGCAAAAAGUCAAGAGAUGUGUAUUUUAUGAGAUUAACCAUUUAAAUUAAAAAACAAAAAACACUCAAAUCUGUUAUAGACGUGAAAAACUGUUGCGAGUUUCUUCUUUAGAUAAAAUAAUUCUUUGUUUUACGAUUGUCUGAUAAUAUAUAAUUUUUUUUAAAGGCAAAAAUGUGUUUAAAGUUUGCUGAAAAUAUCAAUGUAUAUCGAAUUCUUAUCAUGUAAAAUAUUUUUAUAUCAUAUAUAGAGAUUUUGGUGGAAAUUUAACGUAAGUUUUUAAACAAUUUUUACAGAAAAUUUUUUUAAUUCAAGGGCAUGAAAAGGGGUAAAUAAAGUAGUAAUUGUCCCUUAAUUAAAUUCUUUAGUGAUAAAAGUUAUAUAAUUAGGGAUAAUUUAGACUGAUUAAUUUAAGGUCAUGUUUAGAUGGGGAAAAAUAGUUUUAGGAGCGUGAAAUGUAGUAGGAAACGAAAUGAAGAUAGAUUCUUCUCAAAACUAAAUGAUGUUAGAAACAUAAAUAACAUUACAUUUUUAAAGUUAUGAAUUGUGAUGAGUUUUUGCAAUAGCAUUUAAAAAUUGUCCCAAAGUAUCUACCAUUAUUAUCCCGAUAACAUCGGGUCAUUUAUUCAAGUAUUUUAUAGUAAAAUCAAAUAAUUCGUUAAAAAAAAUUUAAAGCAAAGUACUGAAAAAAAGAAAAGAUUCGACCAAAUUUCCGUUCAAUCAAAUUACCUUUCGAUCAAUUUACCGUCCACGAAAUUUAUUUUCGAUCAAUUUUCCGGAUACGACUUUUUCCAGAAUCUCUUCUGCUGCUGUUCGAGUAAGUGUAUAAGGAUGAAAAAAAAUAAAAUCAGACGUUUUGAAUUUUUAUCAUAGGCUAAUAUAUUGAUUUCACGCGUGAGUUCCGAAAUGCAUAUGUCGACCGUCUCAUGUCGACUACAUAUCUAGACAACAAGUCGAGAGCGUUUGUAUCUGUCUGAAACUGUUUUUGUUGUCGAAGGCUUUUUGCUUGAAACGUUCAGUUUCUGUUAGUGUUGUUCUUCCCGGUCUCCUCUGCCCUUAGUGUAUGUCUUAUUGCAUUAUUAUUAACCUGAUCGCAUUCCUCCCCUUAUCUCCAUUGAGUUUAUCAGACGUUUUGUUUUGAAGUGAUUCACUGAUUCCCUCCUACCUACUUUUGCUGGGAAGACUGAUGCGACAUCAAUUUCUGCUUUAAUUCCUAACCAAUUCUCGAAUCGAAUUUUGUCGACAAAAAAAAAAAAAUCUACCAAAAUUGAUUAAAUUUAUAUGGGUUGCGUGACACCAGAUCAAGAUCACUUUUAACGCUGUGAGAUACUCCAUCACCAUCUACCCCUCCCCCCCCACAUCACCAUCACUACCAUCAGCUCAUCUAAUCUCACCUCCUAUGAAAUUGUCUGAAGGAAACAAUGAGCCAACAUGGCAUAUUUACGAUGGUCAGUUAAGGUUUUGGAAUAAAUCUGAGAUGCAGAAGAAUAAUUCUAUGUAAUAAGAUUGCCUUUUAAGUUGUAUGUAAUUAUUUGAGAUCAGGGACUUAAAUUCUUAUUACAAUAAAAAAAUAAAUGAAAUUUUUUUAGAUCAGUUUUGAACAAAACGAGCGUAUCUUUUUGCUUUUCCGAAAACUGUUGACAUGCUCUAAACCUAAAACUAAGCAUUUUAAAUAGACAAUAUUGAACACAACCGAAAUUUCAAGCAAACCGUUUCCCAAGUUGUGAUCCUCUGACUGACGUCGGUCAACGAGCUUUACGUUGCUUGCCCACACAACAUGCAGCAAAUGUAUGUAAGGUCAAACACAAAUUUAACAAAAAAUAUUAAUAACUUGUCCGUGGGUCCUCUAAACCUAAAAGUUUGGGAAACGCUGGUCUAAGAAACUGUUAAUAUUAAUAGUUGUGUAGACUUAUAAAUGUUUUCUUCAAAAUUAAACCGCCGUUUUUAUUUAAAAUUGACCUGAGUGAAUCCUUUACGAGCAAUAUACUUUUCUCUUAUAUCUCAUCUUAUCAUUUUCUAAUACACAUAAUAUUUUUUCUACUCCUCAGCCAGACAACCCAAAAUGCAGACUUGGAGUUGUUAUUAUAAGAAGGCUAUUGUUCUUGGCCAUUUUAGUUGCCUUAAACGUGCCACUAAUGUUGUCCCACUUCCAAACGGAUACUAUGUUCACGAAUCUGAUGAAAGCUUACGAAGAACACGGACUGAGAGGGUCAUUUUAUUUUCAGUGGUCGGACGAUGUACUCAUGCAAAAAAAACUCUUAAUAUAUCACUAUAGAUUCCUCACAUUGUACUUUAUUGUGGUACUAACGUUCCCUAUUGUUUUUCAUCUCUUUGAUUAUGAAAACAAAGACGCGGAAAAUUAUUUUCAGAAGAAAUUCCAACGUUCAUUCAGGAAAGAUAACAUAUUUGAAAAAUAUUCCUUCGGUGUUUUAAAUUUAAUGUAUUUUCCGCUCCCAAGCUGUAUUCUAUACAAUAAAGAAGCCGAAAAUCGUUUUUCGUUAUUCAUAAAGAGAUUCACAUUUCUCACUAUUUUCAUAAUCACACAAUUUCCCGCUAUUUUAACAUUGUUCAUUGGGAUCCACUUUGCGCUCCAUUCUAUCGUUAUGUUUAUAUUUACAAUAGUCGUUGAGAUAGAUAUAUAUUGCGGUUACCUUAACAUAGCCGUAUUUGCACUAGCUUUUAUUCUUGAGUUUUUCCAUGACCUGGGAGACAAUUUCAAUCCGCUAAAAAAUACACUUAUUGGCAUGUUUAAGGAUAAAUGCAAUAACAACGAUAACGAGAACACGAUGCAUGCAAUAUCUACAUCCAUGGUCGACGAGUGUUUGUCCAAAAAUAUUCCUGGUAAGUGUUCCUAUUUUAUCUGACAUACUUCAUAAGAUAUAAUUGAUUAAAAUCUCGGCACUAAGGAAGUUAUGUUGAGGUAUAUGGAAUAAAGAUGUAUGGCGUUUUCACUCUGCCAUGACGCUCUUAAUUCAUCUACAGAAUAAAGAUGUAUGGCGUUUUCACUCUGCCAUGACGCUCUUAAUUCAUCUACAGAAUAAAGAUGUAUGGCGUUUUCACUCUGCCAUGACGCUCUUAAUUCAUCUACAGAAUAAAGAUGUAUGGCGUUUUCACUCUGCCAUGACGCUCUUAAUUCAUCUACAGAAUAAAGAUGUAUGGCGUUUUCACUCUGCCAUGACGCUCUUAAUUCAUCUACAGAAUAAAGAUGUAUGGCGUUUUCACUCUGCCAUGACGCUCUUAAUUCAUCUACAGAAUAAAGAUGUAUGGCGUUUUCACUCUGCCAUGACGCUCUUAAUUCAUCUACAGAAUAAAGAUGUAUGGCGUUUUCACUCUGCCAUGACGCUCUUAAUUCAUCUACAGAAUAAAGAUAGAAUCAUUUUGAAACAGGAGAAGACGCUUUUAAAGAGUCACAUACUGGAAGAAUAAAACUCGAGUCUUGGUUUCAGUUGAAUUUUAGACCGUAUUAACACACCACAAUGUCUCUACAAGAUGAGGUGAUACUAAUGUUAUUUUUGACACACAUAUAUAUAAUUUACAUAAGCUAAAAUUCCACUUCAAGUCUGACUGAUUGAUCAGGUAAAGCCAAAGACGUCAAGCAUUACGAAUUCCCCAUGAAGAUUCUCUAACAUCUACAAAUAUGGAUAUGGGAAUUUAAAGGAAGACGAUGUCAAGGUAUACACCCCGAGUAAUAUCUUUGCAAAGAUGCUGAGAUAUCAGUCUAUUAGCUUUUUGGUUAAGUUAGAGGACGACGCACGCUACCCGCUUCCUUCACUUUUUAAACCCAACAGGGUUUCCACACACACACACAAAGGGAAAUGGUGUGCCUAUUUGAAGUUUCCAGUAAAAUAGUAUCACAAUUUAAGGCGUGUUUUACUUUAUCUAUAAAACAUCCCACACUUUUACAAAUAUAAUUUUGGCCUCUAUGAAAAGAGACGGACAUUCUGUUUAAUUUUUCUUGUCUCACUGUCCUUAUAAAUUGGUCAACUCGUGUCUGGGUUGAUAAUUUUAACAGUGAGCAAUGCUGUCUUUUACAAAUAUAAUUUUGGCCUCUAUGAAAAGAGUCGGACAUUCUGUUUAAUUUUUCCUGUCUCACUGUCCUUAUAAAUUGGUCAACUCGUGUCUGGGUUGAUAAUUUUAACAGUGAGCAAUGCUGUCUUCCUUUUGGAACUUUCCCAUCUUUCGCACCACUUUGACUCAGGCAUGAAUGCGCUAUGACGCAUUUCCAGUGUAAUUCGAUUUUUUGGUGCGGAGAAUUGUUAUGGACUUGAAGAUGCAUUUGUUUUAAAGUAAUGAGUGAGUGGUGCAUGGCGCAGGGUGCUAAAAUUUCAAUUCUUUCAAAUGCGAAAACUAUUUUUACUAGUUGCUUUAUUGUGCAUUGUGUCUUAACACAUCAUAUAAAUAAUUAAAGGAUACCUUUAUUUCAAACCAUCUCGUCAAGUUAUUUGAAGCGAAAAAGAAAACAGAGUUGAGACUCUGAUCUGAUAGUGUGUUUCUGUGGACGUUGAGAAAGGGUCCUACCCCUAGACGACAUUUUGCCACAUUAAUGUCGACAGAAAACCUGUAGCUUGACGUUAGGAUUUAUAUGUAGCACCAAAAAAAAAAAAGUUAGAAAAAUUGGCAGCUGUUGAAAAGCUGUUUAAGAAGCAAGAAAUAAUAUUUUACAACUGGGAUUUAAAAUGAAAACAGAUCAUCAAAAAAACAAAAUACUUACGACGCUCUAUAGAACGCUCAUAUGUUCUGCCAUUGAGGAGAUGAUUCAUGAAGAAGCAUCCCCUACCGUUAUCCAAAUUACGAAUUCAUUCUUGAAAAAAUUUGGGCUCCAUGCAUCUACUCAUUCCGAGUCAUAAUAGGACACGAAAUUAAAUCCUGCUCUAUUUGUUAUUCCUUUAAACCAAUUCAAUGUUUUUUUGUAUCACACAAUUGUCGGGAUGAAACGUUCUGUAUUUAAAGUAAUAUGCAUUGUAUUGAUUAUGCAUAUACAUUUUGUAACAUGCAAGAGUUCCAAUAAAAUUUUGAGCAGAUUUUAUAUGUAAAACUGUUGCCCCAUUUGAAAUGUUAGGUAAGGUGCACUAUUGGUAAACCAAGGUCUAACUCAAAACAGUUUGGGGGGGGGGGGAGGUGAGAUUUUGUACAACCCAUCCCCUUGAUCAAUUACUACUGAUACAGUCGUCGAAACGUCAACUUUGUGGCGGACAAUAUCCUCUGUACCUCACUCGCUUCGCCAUUAACACUGCACUUUUAGACGAUUACGAAUAGUUACUAUGUUAAGCUCUACGUGACGCUGCUAGUCGACAGACGCCCUUUGAUGUGCUGUCGCAAUGUAUGACAUAUACAAUUUUUAAAGUACAUUCCAUCUUUGAAGAUAAAUAAUUUUUGAAUGUCUUUAAAAUCAACAGUAAUUUUCUUUUCUUUUGUAGAUCAUAUACAAGCCUCAGGUACAGUGGAAACUCCUCAAACAAACGGAUCUUCUCAAGAGAAGCGACCUGGUAGUUUGUCCAUUAGUCAUGUUCAAGGUGAACCUAAAUUUAAAAAAAAACCACAUAUUAAACAAACAAAUUGUCUAAGCUACCCCUUAUGAUGAAAAAUUAAUGUAUUUUCAUAAACGAUCAUAAGAGGACGUGCGAUUCAGUAGCAUUGCCUAGCGUCAUCCAAAUUACAAAUUCAUUCUACAACAACUGUCGGGCUCAGGUUUCUUCUCGUACCGAAUCAUGAUAGGACAUGAAAACUAAACCCCAACUAAUUCGUAAUUCACUCAAACAUUAUAGCAAAGGACGGGGGUCCAUCUAGUAUAUCUCUAAGUCCAGAUCUCAACGACCCUCGCUUUUGAGUCCAAAAUGAACCAUGACAAUUUUCCUGGAAGUUAUUCGCCCAUUCACGAAAACCAAAGAAUAAUUAAAUGCCCACAUUAAAGGGAGCAGACUUUAAUAAAAGCCCCUGUCAAAAUUUCGUCACUUUUCUCUCAACAUAUUAUCACAUUAAGUGCUUAAAAAUAUAAAUUAAAAGAUAAAUAUUACUUAAAUAUUUUUACUUUAAAAUUGUAUAAUCAACUUUACCACUCUGUGGUGACUCAGACUGCAAGAAAAAUACAUAGGAUAUAAAAUAUAUGUAAUGUAUGGGCAGUGUUAAUUUUAGAAUCACAGUUAUUCAAUUUUAUAUAUCACACCAUUGUCGAGAUCAACCGUUUUGUAGUGAAAAUAGGUAAUAUUAAUUAUGUACAAUUCGCAAUAAAAUUGUGGUUAGCAUUUACAUGUAAAUUUUCGUUUCUACUUUACUAAUGUUAGGCGUGGUACAAAAUUUAGCGUAGUUAAAGUUAAAAAAGCCUGGGUGAGGUCAAGAUUUCGUUCCACCCAUCCCAACGAUAACAAUCUACAGCUACAGUUCGCUGAAAAUGCCGCAUGGGGUGGACCAUGACCUGCGUACCUCACACGCUAUGCCAUUAGCACUGCACUGUUAAACAUUGACAUUGUCAAUAGAUAUAGUUAGAAAUGUUGAAAGAUCAUCUUCAAUCUGAAAUAUUAUGAGAUUUUGAAUGUUGUUAAGAUAAAAUAAAAAAUAUAUAUAUUUUUUUUUCUUUUACAGGUGACAAAAUAGCUUCUGGAGCGAGGAGAGCGUCUCAAACAAACGGAUCAUCUCAAGUGACGCAGCCUCGAGACGAUCAUCAAAAGCACGUUUCUGACCUCUUCUUAAGGGUAGAUUAUGCGUGUAUUUUUAUUAGCAGGCUCGACAUUCCCUUUGUGUCUCGGAAUUUUUUAUUUCACUGCCUUGGUAUUUACUGUGUCGGUGCUCCUAGACCAUGCAAUGUAGGAAAAGUAAGUACUACUUUUUAAAUUUUUUUUUGGUUUAAAUUUACGGAAAAUUAAAUAAAACCUUUCAUAGGAGAUUACUCAUAUUUAUUUUCACAUAAGAACAAAUAGAACAUUUUCGUCUACAAUUGAUCAUUUGUAAGCUCGCAAAGAAAAUAUAUCACUAUAAAUGUCAAUAAUAUCAUCCUGUGGUUUUAAUUUAUUCAUGUACAACUUCCAAAUCAACAUACUUUCAGUCAUUAAUACAUGAACUAGUGUUUAGGUAGGUAAGUAUUUAAUGCAUGGGAAAUUAUUAUAAAAAAAUGUUUAUUAAUUUUUUUUAAAGACAUGCGAUUUUAUUUGAGUGCCCAUAAAAGAAACAAAAAUAAGAUAUUGCUGUUUUGGGAAAUAUAUGAAUACAAACAAAAUCUCUCGGCCCUAAUGAUAAAUGAAACGUUUUGGAAGAUGAGCUCAUUUUUCAGCAACGUGGAAAGUUCAUGAGUCGUUUUCAAAAAAAAAAAUUUGAAAAUAUUCUAAAUAGACAUUUUAAACAUUAUAUCACUUAGGUAGCUUCAUCAUUUUGUCGAUUAUGUCUAACAAUAUAUGCUUAUUCGAUCCGCGCUAGCUUUUUUUGCAUAGUUUAUUGUUAGUUUAUUCCUUUUUUAAUUGUUUAAAAAAUUGUAUCAACUACAAAAGUCAGCAUUUUAAAAAAAAAACGCAUAAAGGAUUUUAAAAGUAAAAUGUAAAUAGCGCUUUUGUUUUUAGAAAAGCAUUCCUCUUAACUUUUUCAAAAAGUGUAAUUUAUAAUGUUAUCUAUGAUCUAACUUGAGCUAUUUCUGCAGACUAUAGGCACCUACAUUGUGUUUGCAUUCAUUGUGGCCACUAUAUAUAUCGUCGUUUGUGCUUAUGGUUCACACGAGUUCAUCACACGUGGCAAUUUUACGCAAUUAGCAGCUGGCUUUGUUGUGUUUGCGAUAAAGCGCUUGUCAACCAACGCAAAAUCUGAGACACUGAUUAAAAAACGCAACAAGAGGUUAGAAAUGUGUUGAAUGCCAAAAUCCUCUUGAAAAUUUAAUUUGUAUUAAUUUUUACGCCUCAUAAACGUGUCCGCCUUCUUUCAAACGAUAUAAAAAAAUAGUAUUAAUGUUCUCAUCAUUGAAUAAAAAUAAUUAAAUAUUUUUAUAUCGCAGAUUCCUUAGUGAAAUAAAGAAAAAGAUGCAGUCUUAUGUUGGCUGUUUGAGAGUGGCUGAUUUUACAGAAAUUAAUAUAUCUGAAGCCAGCGACAGUCGUAAAGUCAAUCUCUUAGUUCUGGACGAUUAUACAACAGAAGGUGAAUGCCCAGGAAAAGUAAGUUAAGGACCAUUAACAAGUCUGAAAUGUUCAUUUAAAAACAACAAUACAAAACAUAAUUGCUAAGAUUUAAACUGUAUAUGUCAAAUUUGAAUAAGAUUGUUUCUUAUAUUUUUUUUUUACCCAAGUUGAAAUAGUUAUGUUUUAAAAAAUUGACAGCUUCCAAUUAUUAUUUCCCAUUUUUAAAUUCAAAAAAUUGAAGCAAUAAUUUACAAGAUAACUUACCAAGUGGUUCUCGUUUUAUAAUCGAAGGCAUUUCUAUAGUAAUGUAUAGCCCUUUGAUUUAAAAGUGAUACAAGGACUCCUGUGCUAACCCCUUUAGAAAAAAAAAAACGAAAGUGUCAAUUCAUUACCAUAAAAAGAAGCACUAUAACAGUUUGUAUAAACAUUUGCCCUUCUUACUUCCGGUAAUGAUCCAAUCAAAAGUCAUGAGUUAUAACCCAUUCUUAAUUUUAAAUUCACCCUUAAAAAUUGCAAGAAACAUGCAAAAGUUAGACAGUGUAAAAUAAUAUUUAAAGUUGUUGGAUCAAAGUCAGUUUAAAAUGUGGACCUUCACAUAAGCUGAGGUUAGAGACCGUCUCAAAAAAAAAAGUAGCCAAAAAAAAUAAAUAAAUAAUCGAUUAACCUGACAUGUUCCGAAAAUGCAUUAUUUAGUGAAUAUUUGAAUUGGGAGGAGCCUGAAAAUAUAUUCUUUCAUGUUUAAGGAUGGAGAUUCAGAAAAUGUCCAAUAAAAUAUGGAAAUGUAUAGAAACUUCCAUUACAUUUAAGAAAUUAAGAAUAUGCUCACAAUCUUGUUAACAUCUUGGAGAAAUACACAACUUUAUGGAAAACCCAAGAAUAGUGUUUUUAAAUAUUUCUAGAGCAGUGUUUAAUAAAAGUUUACUUAUGAUGGAUCAGUGGAGAAACUAUGAAAAUGCAACAGGAAAAGGUGUCAGAUUAAUGAUUUAGAUUUUCUCGUUAUUUGACAUGUGCGCUAACAGGAAAAGUAAGUCUCACAGUCCGGAGCCUGUCGGCGACACACCAUUUUGGCAAUUGCGUUUCAAAGACUUGUGAAAAUGACUCAUAAGAAGCUAAUCAAAUUUAAUUGAUCCCGAUUUAAGUUGGAUAGACAAUAAGCAGAAAUAAAGCCUUUUCAAAACUUAUAUUUAAAAAAGCUACAUAUUGGGAAUAAAUAAAAUAGAGGUAUGCAACUUACACUACAACUAAAUAUUAUAGCAUCCUUCCAUCUACGUGAGACGAUGGAGUAGCUCUAUAGUUCUACACUUUGACGAUUGGCUCACUAAGCCAAUCCUUGAAUGGCUAUCACGGCCGCAUCUCUCGCAGGAGAAUGUUGAAACCCGGUAAAUUCUUGAUUUUUGAAUUGUUCUUUUUGAUUCGAGGGACUCGUUUCGAGUAACUUCUGCCUUUCUCACUCCUCCAAACACUGCUGUACGCCAGUUGGAGCGAUGUUCGGCAAUGAACUCCCAUUCGUUUGUUUCAAUAUGGGCUUCCCUCAUGAUUCGUUUGCAAACGUCAAUCAAUCUCAGGCGCGGUCGUCCAAUAUGUCUUGUCCCCUCUGCCAACUCUCCUUACAGCAGAAUCUUUGGGAUACGUCCUUCCUCCAUUUUCCGUACAUGACCUAACCAGCGAAGGCGUCUCUUGAUAAGAAAGGAGAAUAUGCUAAACAUGUGUGCAUGUUCCAAAACCUCCACGUUAGGCACCCUGUCCUGCCAACGAAUGCGCAAAAACUACAUAGUCAUAUUGAUAAACCUAGAAACUUGCAAAAAAGUUCUCCUCUACGCAUUUAUUUUUUGGCGUAUCAGACAAGUAGAAACUAAUUCAAGUCUGUACAUAGAUAUAUAUAUAUAUAUAUAUAUAUAAUAAAAUAUAGUUGUUUUACCCCUGCUUCACUGGAGAUGGUUUGGUGGUGGGUCCUUUAAUUGAUUGAUUUUACAAGCUGUGUAUAAUGUCGUACAUAUUAUCUCCAUUAGGAUGAAAAAUAAUAAGGAAACAGCUAACUACAGUAGGAAAAGUUGAUAGAUGGGAAGUUUAGUGGUUUCUUGGAAGUCUUAAAUCAUCUUUAAUGUUUUAGAAUUGAUGACAGACAAAUGUUUCGUUUCUUGUCAGUGGUUACCAUUUUGGAAUGCUUUUUUGCAGCAAUCUACCGUUUAGUACGAAAUGUCUCGUUAUGGGACUUUGUUUGCUACAGUCUAACGUUUACCGUGAGGUGUUGACAUUAUUUAUGCUUUUAUUUUUAGGCCUUCUACUCUUUCUUUUUUCUUGUCGAUUCCAUGUUAGGGAUUGUCUUAUUUUAACUAGGGUUUGCGAAGAGUGUGUCCUAGCCAACUCCUUCUUUUCCUUAAGGUAUCUUCAACAAUAGGCUUCUGGCAUUUCCUUUCCUGUUAGUCUUUGUUGAGGAUGGUGUUUGGUCAUUUGAUGUUCAGGAUCUUUCUAAGGCAAGUGUGAAUGAAGGUCUUUACUUUCUGCGUCAGGCUCGCUUUCCUUAUCCAAGUUUAGGCUCUAUAAAUUAGGCCAGUUUUGAAAUUUGUGUUUAAAAUUCUUAAAUUGGUUUGCAGAGUCAGCUCAUCUGUCUCCGAUAUAUUCUUUAAAAGCACAAAUACUGACCUAGCCUUGUCUUUUACAUCUCAUACAUUCGCUUCAGUGUGUCCAUUUUUGACCUUGUUGCAGCCAAAUUAUGUGAAGGACGCCACUUAUGCUCUUGGUUGGCCGAGUUUACUUCAUGAUCUUUUUCUUGCUUUUAUUCAUAUUGAGUCACAGUUGUGCUGAAAAUUUUGGCUAUGUGUUUAGUCUUUUCCUGCAUUGUUGGACAGAAGUUGCAUGUUACCUGCAACGUCUAGGUCAUUCAGUAUUCCACGGGUGUCCACUGUAUUCCGUUCCUAUUUUGUAUGUGAAUUUUGUUUUUUUUUCAUUAUCCCGUUAAUGGCAAGUAUGUAUAGAAAGGAGGACAAGAUACAUAUUUGUCUUACCCCCGUUUCCACUUUAAAAUCAUAUGUCAGUCUACCAUCGCGUACCAACCUACAUCUUUUCGCCAUAAGAACUCUGAAAAAUCCUGAGUAGUUUUCCUGGUACCCGAAAACGCCGGAGACGUUUCCACAAGGUUUGUCGGUCAAGACUGUCAAGGGCUUUUCGUAGUCGAUAAAAUUUAGAUAUGGGGGAAGUUCAAUUCGAUGAAAUGUGUACAAUUAUUCGUAGUGCUGCCAUUUGAUCUGUGCAAGAUUUGUUUUACAUGUUAGAGGUGCAACAAACAACUAGUACAUAGAAUGACAAUGAACGCCAGUGACGUCAUGUGUCUUAAAAAUUUUCUUGAAAUCAUUUUUCGGUUUAGCCAAGUAUAAUUUUCCCAAACUGAUUUUGCAAUCCGACCACGAGGUACACUUUGAAUUUUGAAUUAUUAAAAAAAAACAAAUAUAUUACUGGUUAUUUUCACUUUACUAGUAAACAAUUUGUCAAAACUCUAUUGCAUUUAAUACAGUUCUAAUACCGUGUAAUGUGAUUUUUAAACAAACAUUAAAUGCUAACAUGGAGUAAAUAUUAAACUAUUUUAAAGUGCUAAUCUGACUUUGGUUGACUAAACGACAGCAUGUUGAAUGUUCGUCUUCCGCCAGCAAAGAAGCCAAAAGCUUCGACUUGCGUAGCCGACUUGUCUUGAGCUGCACUGUGAUAAAGUGACGGAGGCAAGAUCGUCAGCCUCACUCCCCCAUCCUUGCCUAUUCCCUCGAAUAGCCAGACUUAUUCAAGAAGAAUGGAAAUAGACGAGGAUGCAGUGCUCUUGUGGCUCACUGUGCUCUUCAUGCGUUUUAAAUCGAAGGAGUUUAGGAAAUUUCAUUUGCGUCAAUGUCAUAACUCCUACUGGACUCCAUCUCCGUGUUCAAUAUCAGAGUGUGCAUUCUAUUAGAUGGGUUUCUAUCCAAUUUUAAUUUGUCCCAUCCUUACAUCGUGCUUGUGAUAAUUUUUUUUUGUCUAGGCUUUUGAUGAUGGAUGUACUCCAGGUCACAAGCUUAGGAUUGAUAAGCCGAAAAUAGAAUUAAUGAAUAUCUAGCUCAUUUAAGAGGCAAUAUACUUAAACAGUUUAAUUUAAUUCUUUUCCAGGUGAUAGUCACAACGAAAGAAACUGGAAGUCAUGAUGAACACGUGCCUCUUUUAAAAGUUAUUCAAUAACAAAAAAGGGCAUGAAAUCCGAAUGCAAUUAAAAUGACACCAUUAAGAGAUCAUCUUCCUCACUAUGCCCCUUGCCUUAAUCCUUGGACCGUUUGGGGCGCCACAGAUGACAUUUAAAGUAAUCCUCCAUGAAGAGGUUAGGAACCUUAAAAACUAUUCCAAAAUACAUGUAGAAAAAGAAGGACAAAUCUCAACGUUAAAUGUAACUGUACAUUGUUUGCGUUUGAUACCAUGUACAUAAUAUUUGUUCAAAUGUAGUAGAAUUUUUGGGUGUUAUAUGCAAUUGACACUAGCGGAAGUUCCAUUAUCUGUUAACCCUCCGCAAUAUAUGCUACAGCAAGAUGAAUCUAAUAACCAACUCAUUUUUUGGGACACAUUGGACCAUUAUUUGACACACUUUGAUAUCAAAUAUGUAAUGUUUCAUUAAUGUACAUGUCCCCUCCUAUUUCUCAUGCUGCACAUGAUGAAAUAUUUCCACCAUUUGCUUUUCGUUGAUUUAUAGAAAUGUACAACCAGAAUUGUUAUUAUUAUUUUUUUAAUUUUUAAAAAAAUAUUGAUUAUUUGACAACCUCCUUUUUUUGUUGUUGUCAAGUCCGUUAAUUAUUAAAUGAAGAAACCCACGUCGAGGCGAUUUCAGACGAAAUGUUUAUAUGUAUAGAUUAGAAAUUAAUGUUAAUGAGAUAAUAUACUUUAUGAUGAAAAUUAAACACCAUUCAAUCUGUUACGUGAAAUAAAGGCAGAACCUCGGGGUUACAGCGGUAAACGAAGUAAGCUGUACAUUGUUUCUUUUAUUACGGAGUUGACAAAGAAAAUUUUGGGAGCCUUUAAAAAAAAACACACACACGCUUCUUGCCAUAAACUUCGUUUACAUUACUUAUUGAUGUUAGGGCGCGCAUGAACUUCCAAAGUUCUUUUUAUUUUUUAAAAUUUUAUAUUCAUCUACUUUAAAAAAUGUAAGAGAGGAAAGUUAAUUCGUAUUUUUCAAUUUCUGUGUAUUGUGAAUCAUUGUAAAGUUUAUAAUUUACUUUUCUUAGCUACCUUUGCAAAUGCUCAUGCUUUGUUUUUUCUAGUGUGUUUUAAUUCUUCUUUUUUGGUUCUUUUUUUUUUUUUUUGCGUUAACCAGAAAGUCGCAUAACUGACUAUGUUAUAAAUAAUAUGCGUAGAAUAAAUGUAUUUGAAACGUCAACAAAACUAAUCCCAAUUUGUUUUGAUCAAUUAAAUUAUCCUGGUUAUCUUAUCAUUUCUAAAUAUAUGUUUUCAUCAAUGGUAUUACCUUUGCCCCAAUUCACUUUUGAAAUUAUAGAUUUUAUUUGUGUUAUAAUAGAAUUUAAAAAAAAAAAUUACUGUUAACUGUUACAUGGUAAAAAAACACCUUUGCCUAUUGUAUCAUUCAUAAAAACUUUUGCCGAUUGUAUCAUUCAAAACACCUUUGCCUAUUGUAUCAUUCAUGAACACCAUUGUAUGUUGUGUCAGUCAUGAACACCUUUGUCGGUUGUAUCAUUCAUGGACACAUUUUCUUGUUUUAUUUAGCAAGAACAUCUUUACCUGUUUUAUACUGCAUGCCACCUUGUCCAGUUGUAUCCUUGGUGAACACCUUCUCAUUUGUAUCUUAAGUGACCAGUUUGACCUGGUUCUAUACUACUAGAUACAUUUUAACCUGGUGUAUCUUUCGUAUUAGAAAGUAAAACAUGUGCUGUGUCCUACAGGAAACUCCUCAUUUACUGGACCGUAACUAAAACGAUAAUCUACUGUUUAGUAAACUUUAUUUUGUAUAUUAUGUAUCGUACACAACACCGUUAUUUUAUAAUUAUAUAGCCUUCCGACAUAUUCUCUAUUUUUAUGUUCAACCCACACUAACAUUAAAACAUGUCAGUACCUCAUGAGGAGAGAAAAACUUUACUUCUGAUCCCUUGUAAUACCAAAAAAUGUACGGUAUCUUGAUUAGCCAACGAUUUGUUUAGCAAAUAAUUUAUGGCAAUCUUCUAAUGAUACCGCAUCUUCUAACUCUAUUUCAAUUGAUAGCAAGAAUUGGCGCAAGUCCAGGCUACAGAUACACCACCCUGGUAUAACGGUCGUUUAAGCGAAAGAGAGGUCAUAUUUCAUAUCCAAUGUGUCUAUUUAACUUGUAUACAUUAUACGGAAAUUUGACAUGUUAUUCAAAUAAGUAAAUAGGUAAGACCAUUCCCUGGUGACCAUAUUUAAUGGUAUUGUUUUAUGUACAAACAUAAAUAAUAUCCAUUAACUGGGAUUGUCUAUGUUUCCUCUUGUUGAUUAUUAUUCUCUGCACAUUGUUAUUUUUUUCUUUAUGAGGUAUAUUUUAAUAUUACACGAAAACUGUAACUUGUACUAUAAUGACUGAAUCCAUCAUUAUGCAAACUUUAUGAUAAG